UUUAUUAUCGACGACGGUGGAGUAAUCUUUUGCAGAAGAAAGGACCCAAUACUGAGAGAGAGGGAGAGAGAGGGAGAGGGAGAGGGAGAAUUGAUCUAGAGAGAGAAACUAGAGAGCGAUGACUGAGAUCUCAAGAGGGAGAUCGAUCCGCUUCCUGCUAUUCUUCUCCUCAAUUUCUCUUCAAUUCAUUGCCGUCUUUUCAGGCUUGUCAAAUGAUUCAUCGAGUUCCAAAGGUGGGACAAAGGCUGAUAAGCAAGCUGCUUCCAGUAGUGGCACUGGGUCCAAGAUAAUCAUCAUAUGCCUUGUGCUUGCGGCAGUAGGGUUUUUAUCAUUUUCCCUCUUCAAAUUGUGGCAAAAGAAAAAACGUGAAGAGCAGUAUGCCCGUCUUUUAAAGUUGUUUGAACAGGAUGAUGAACUUGAGCUUGAACUUGGCCUUCGGGAUUGAGCCUGUGUGGCUAUGUCUCAGUUAUAAAUCAAUUCAAUGUAGUUGAGGCUUUAUGUGCAAAUGUAAAUGGCGACUCUGUUUGGAGGUUAGUUCCAAUGGCCAGGGUUAGGAUGGGUGAUUGUAGAGAUGUCACAUGAUGAGGUCAUAUGUUUCUGAUUUCUGAAUACUGGCAUCUGUAAUAUCACAAUUGAACAGAACCUUUCCAGAAUUUGAAUUUUUGUCUAAGUUAGAUAAGAGAAGGAUGUCAUUUUGUUAAAAAUGUUUGGCAAGUCUCAAGUUGAAGUUUGUGAAGAUGUGUGGUGCGUGCGUUGAUGCGCAUGUUUUGAUGAAGGCUACUUCUUUAAGGUUGUGUAAUAGGCAGAUGCACCUGAUUGGGUGACAUUGAGAGUAUAUAUAUACUGAUACUGAGCUCUACUCGGCAAUAAUGUAUUCUGGCAAUCUGGGGCUAACUGCA